AGGCAGCUGUUGAGAAUUAUUUUUGUAGGGCACGCUCCAAAGACGCCAUGCCAAGGUCCUUUUAAAGGAGCGAUGAUCAUAGAGCCCCUCUCUUCGUAGUCUUCUCUAGACAAGAGAAAUUAGAAAUAGCAGAUCAAGAUCCUGUGUUUUCUUCUCUUCUCUUCAAUGGAAAACUACAGAUCCAAAUCAUACGCAGAUGGAAGGUACCAAAUUCAAAGCUACAACGGUGCCAGUAAUGGAGGAGGAGGAGCACCUACUUCAUAUGCCAUCACAAGCAUGCAAGAUCUCAGGUGCUACAGUGCUUCCUAUGCAACCUCUGUCUACCAAACACAAGCCCAGAUUGGAACUAGUGAUGUCAAAUUCAAGAAAGGAAAGUCAACAAAUGGGUCAACUUCUAAAAGAUGGAGCUUCAAUGAUCCUGAGUUACAAAGGAAAAGGAGAGUUGCUAGCUAUAAGGUUUAUGCUGUUGAAGGAAAAGUUAAAGGGUCUUUAAAGAAGAGUUUUAGGUGGAUUAAAGAAAGGUGUAGUAAAGUUGUUAAUGGCAACUGGAAGUAGUAGCAGUAGUAGAUAGAUAUAUAGUAAUGAUUAAUUGGGUGAUAUAUGAUGAGGGGUCAAUGAUCAUAAUCAUCACCAUGCUUCUUUUUUUAUUGUUUAUUUUUCCCUGUAUUUCUGUUCCGAGUAAAUGAUUGUUUUAUAGUUUAAAACUUCUUAAAUUGAUUGUGCUUAUUCAUA